GUCCUCGGCUCUGUGCGCGCUGGGCCGGAGGGCUAAGGCGCGCAGGUCGGACGCGGCGCCAUGCGCGGUCCCCCUGCCUGGCCACUGCGGCUACUCGCGCCGCGGGCCCCGGCCGCCUGCGUGUGGGCCCCGGUCGUCGGCGCCCCCAGGUCCCUGCCGCUGCUGGUCGGUCCGGGGCCAGGGUUCCUCGGGGGCGCUGGGGCUGCACGCCGUUGGAAGAGCAGAUGUCGGGGCGGGGAUCUUGGCGGCGCGGGCGUUACGCGGUUCCUGGGGCUGUGGGCUCGCGGUGCCAACACCUGCCAGUGCGGAGCGUUCAGCCGGCCCGGCGCUCUGCGGCUCCCGCGCGCCGUGCUCCCUGGAUGUCCCGCAGUCGCCGCCCGGGCGGGAGGCGAGGCCUGGCGGCGCGGGCCGGCAGUGGCUCCCGGGGACGACAGGCGGCUGCGCCCCGCGGCGGCCCGGCUCUCGGAGACCCGGAAGCUCCUGCAGCUGGCCUACCCCGAGCGCCGCAGGCUAGCAGCUGCGGUUGGAUUUCUGGCCCUAUCCAGUGUCAUCACCAUGUCCGCCCCUUUCUUCUUGGGGAAGAUCAUUGAUGUCAUCUAUACCAACCCUACUGUAGACUACAGUGGCAAUCUGACCCGCCUCUGCCUUGGGCUCAGCGGUGUAUUUCUGUGUGGUGCUGCUGCCAAUGCCGUCCGUGUCUACCUCAUGCAAACUUCAGGUCAGCGCAUCGUGAACAGGCUGAGAACGUCAUUAUUCUCCUCCAUCUUGAGGCAGGAGGUUGCUUUCUUUGACAAGACCCGCACAGGAGAAUUGAUUAACCGUCUCUCCUCAGACACCGCACUGCUGGGGCGGUCAGUGACGGAAAACCUCUCGGACGGGCUCAGGGCUGGGGCCCAGGCUUCUGUAGGGAUCAGUAUGAUGUUUUUUGUCUCACCUAAUUUGGCCACAUUUGUUUUGAGCGUGGUGCCUCCAGUGUCCAUCAUUGCUGUGAUUUAUGGACGAUAUCUAAGGAAACUGACCAAAGUCACUCAGGAUUCCCUGGCUGAAGCCACCCAGCUAGCUGAGGAACGUAUUGGAAAUGUGAGAACUGUUCGAGCUUUUGGGAAAGAAAUGACUGAAAUAGAGAAAUAUGCCAGCAAAGUGGACCACGUGAUGCAGUUAGCAAGGAAGGAGGCGUUUGCUCGGGCAGGCUUCUUUGGAGCAACUGGGCUCUCCGGAAACCUGAUUGUGCUUUCUGUCCUGUACAAAGGAGGGCUGCUGAUGGGCAGUGCCCACAUGACAGUGGGCGAACUCUCUUCCUUCCUAAUGUAUGCUUUCUGGGUUGGAGUAAGCAUUGGAGGUAUAAUUAAUAUUUCAUCUUGUGUUUCAGAGGGGGUCAUCUUAAAUGAGAAGAACUUCCAGGGAGCUCUGGAGUUUAAGAAUGUGCAUUUUGCCUAUCCAGCUCGCCUGGGGGCCCCCAUAUUUCAAGAUUUCAGCCUUUCCAUCCCAUCAGGAUCUGUCAUGGCACUGGUUGGCCCAAGUGGUUCUGGCAAAUCCACAGUGGUUUCACUCCUCUUAAGGUUGUAUGACCCUGUUUCUGGUAAGUGGUUCACCAUGCUAUGGCUCAGGGGACAUGCCCAAACCCUUCUCUUACUCCUAUGCCCUGGGAGAGGAUGCAACUAUGCAGAGACCUUCUAUCAUGAGAGUCUUGAUUUUAUUUCCAAUUUUCAGGAACCCAUUUUGUUCUCUUGCUCUAUUGCUGAGAACAUUGCUUAUGGUGCCGAUGACCCUUCCUCAGUGACUGCUGAGCAGGUGGGGAGAGUGGCAGAGGUGGCCAACGCGGCUGCUUUCAUUCGGAACUUCCCCCAAGGGUUCGACACUGUGGUCGGAGAAAAGGGGAUUCUCCUCUCAGGUGGGCAGAAGCAGCGGAUAGCAAUUGCACGCGCCCUGCUUAAGAAUCCCAAAAUUCUUCUCCUAGAUGAAGCCACCAGCGCGCUGGACGCUGAAAAUGAGCACCUAGUGCAGGAGGCUCUGGAUCGCCUGAUGGAAGGAAGAACAGUGCUAGUUAUCGCCCACCGUCUGUCCACCAUUAAGAAUGCUAAUAUGGUUGCUGUUCUGAACCAAGGAAAAAUUACUGAGUAUGGAAAACAUGAAGAACUGCUUUCAAAACCAGAUGGGAUAUACAGAAAGCUAAUGAACAAACAAAGUUUUAUUUCAGCAUAAAGAAACAAUCAUUGGUAAAUUGAAUAUGAGAGACUUUAAAGCAAAACAGUGUUUUUGCAGAAGAAAAAUCUUAGAGACUGUAUAAAAUCUGUAAAUCAUACAUCAAAUUAUUUGAAAUAUGCCUAUUUUUCCAAAGUGUAUAAAUAUUGUUUUGAAAUGUACCUGUUCUCAAGAACUUUUCCUUCAGUGUUUUAACAACUGUAACUUUCUAAACGUCAGCAGCUCUGAAGUCACUUUCAGGUUUUGUACUUUCCUUCAUCUUGGAAUAUUUUAAUUGAUACAGCACAACACCUCAUGUUCUUAUACUGCUGUGAACGAUUGAAGCUAUUGUCGAAUGACAGCUUUAAAAAGGGAAUUACAAAUAAACUCUAAUUAUUUUAGGCCCAUUUACCAAUCACUGUGUAAUUUUUUGGUAGUAUUCCACCUACAUUGACUCUAAUUUUAUUAGAGUAAUGAAAAGGAAAAUCUAGCCUUUUAUUUUUAUCCUGAUAAUCUCACAAAGUGAAUCUGACUUAUCAGAAAUAGUUAAUAUCACAUGGAGAGAAGGGAACAUUUUUAUUGCCUGUCUCCUGUGUCUUCAAAGGUGUGAAAAUGUAGGAGGACGUAUUCCUAUGGGAUAUGACUAUGUUCAUAUUUGUGCAGGUUUCAACAUUUCGGCACAUGAAAGCCUAAGGAGUUUUUGAAAAAGGGAAGAGACCCAUACUUUGAACAGACAGACUUCUAUUUUCUUAAUUCAUGUAUUUAUACGAGUACUUUGGGGAAGGAAGGUAUGACCUGCCAGUUAUUAGCAAGAAAGAUAGAUAAAAAUGCAUUUUACAUUUAAGUUGUUU